GAGCUGGUCGGCGGGACGCCCUAACCGUCGCCCUACGACGCCGACAGGGGGCGCUCGGGCACAAGGCUGGCCACGGCCUUGCUAGUGGCGCGGGGCCACGGAGCUGCCUGCUCCCAGCCCCCCGCGGCGCCCCUGUGGGAGCGCCAGUCCGCGCACAGAGCUCGAACUUCCUUGCUCAGCUCCCGAGGCGCGGGCCGCGGGGUCCCAGGUGACGGCUGAGGCAGGACUUCAUACAGAACUUGGCACGUCGUGGCGGCUCCGGCAUCGCCGAUGGCACUGAAUGGAACCAAAGAGAUACCCACGAAGGUGCCGCCUCUGACUGAUAGGGAGUGCAAGCCACCCCGAGGCCACUGACCAAGGGUGUCCUGUCAUAAAGCCCCUAAGACAUGAUGUCACACACCCAGACACCACUGUCCUUGAGAAAGGGAGGGGCUGCGUUCUGGACGCCCGACUCGGCUGCUCCAGUGCCCUUCUCGCCCUCAGCCCUGGAGCUUAAGGGAAGACUGAAAAUGGUGUUUGGUAUAGGCUGCCAGACGGAGAGGCUCCUCAAGUUCCUGUACAUCGUGCAGGCCUUCCUUCUUGCAGGAACGGUAUGCUUCUAUUUCCAGGGCUCUGUGGAGGACACAGCUGACCAUGACAUUGCUGGGGACACAUCACAGCCCAUAGGAGAGACCUUAAGGCCCGUGUGGGGGCCGAUGGAUAAGUGCUACCCUGGGACCACUCAGAGACGCAGAGUCAAGAGCGAGAAGAAGGAAGCCGCUGCAGCCGGGACCCCCAAGGCCAUGGGGGCCACGGGAGGCCUGAGUGAUGCUGCCGAGGAGGAGCCUGGGGUCCGGUCUGAGGAUGCGGGAGCGGUGAGGUCCCCAGCUGAGGAAGCAGCCAGCCCCAUUCUUGCUGGGAAGGAAGUGGCAGGGACCCCCGGCUGUGAGGGAAGUACAGGUGCCAGAGGAGACCGCUGUGCACCCUUCCGCUAAGCAGGCGGACCCCACCCCGCCGCAGCAGGCCUGCCUCUCUCCCUGUCCUCCGCGACCCUGUGGAGGUCGUCCAGAGCCUGGCUCCUCUCAGACCCUCCUGCCCAGGGAGGGGAAGAGUCCAAGCAGCCCAAUGCCCGACCUUCCUGAAUGAGCCUCCUGCUUGCUCCCCAGCUGGGGGGACUCAGGACCCCUCCCCUCAGCCCAGGGGAGUAGCUGUGUCAAUGCUGACCUGCCUGCUCCCACCCGCGCCCCAUCAGCCCGUACCCUGGCCCUGGGGAAAGGGCCUCCCCAGCCAGGGACCCCCAGGCACACCUGUUUGUGUUUUGUAGAGGCUUCCGGGGUGGAGAGAAAGGAGGACAGGCCCGGGGGACCACACAGCCCCUGAAGAAGCUCUGGCUCGGCUGGUUCCCAGCCUCUGACAGCCCCAAGACUCAGAACCAUGAAUGACAAACUGCCCAAUAAAUGCACAAGGUGAUGCC